AUCAAUAAUGUUUUGUCCCCAAGGGGACACCAAGCGGUGCGACCUCCUGUGUGUGAACAGUGAGGUCUCGGGUUCAAACCCCACUGCUCCCCCUCCCCAACUUCCCCAAGUAAAAAAAAAUAAAAAUAAAAAUAAAUCAAUAAUGUUUUCGAAUAAAUCAAUCUUUUCUUUUUGAUUGGCGAGUAAUAGAGAGAGAGUCAGAGAUCAAAUGCAUAUACCUACCCCCACUUUAAUACACAAUAUGGGCUACUCUCAUCUCUCCACUAUAAAGAAGCUACAACUUCUACGUAAAAAUCCAUCCCAGGCAACCAUCCAUGGCUUCCCUCUACCUUCAUUGCACCACCACCGCCUCCUCCUCCCCCGCCCCUCCCUCUUCCAAACCCCACCCUCUCCUAUCCAAGCCCACACCUUUCCUCUCCCAUGCAAGGCGGAACCACCGCCACCCCCUCCGCGUCUCGGCCUCCGCCAGCCCAAACCAAAGCGACUCCGAUUCCCAAGGCAAACUCGACCGCCGCAACGUCCUCCUCGGUCUGGGCGGCCUCUACGGCGCAACCAACCUGAUCUCCACCGAGGCAGCAUCCGCCAACCCGGUGCAAGCACCGGAGCUGGACAAAUGCGGCACCGCCACCAACCUGAACACCGGCGAGCAGCUGGACAUCAACUGCUGCCCACCGAUCACGGGCAACAUCAUCGACUACCAGCUUCCGCCCGUGUAUAACCUGCGAACCCGCAAAUCCGCCCACCGCCUCACGCCAACGGAGGCCUUCAAGUACAACCUGGCGAUCGAGCGCAUGAAGAAACUUCCCGAAGACGACCCCCGCAGCUUCAUGCAGCAGGCCUUCAUCCACUGCGCCUACUGCAACGGAGCCUACAACCAGCCCGGGCAGGGCGACCUUGACAUCCAAGUCCACAAUUCAUGGCUCUUCUUCCCUUUCCACAGAUGGUAUCUGUAUUUCUACGAGAGAAUCCUCGGAAAUCUCAUCGGCGAUCCCACUUUCGCCCUGCCCUUCUGGAAUUGGGACAACCCUAAAGGGAUGACCAUCCCACCCAUAUUUCUCGACCCCAACGCCGCCAUCUACGACUCCAAGCGCAACCCGGCCAACCUGACCGCGGUGGUGGACCUCGGCAUGACCGGGAAUACAGACCCUAUGCAGUUGGUAACCAACAACCUGACUGUGAUGUACACGGAGAUGAUCCGGGGGAAUGCCGACGUCUAUGACUUCAUGGGUCAGCCCUAUCGCGAAGGCACCCCGGUCAGCCCUGGACCGGGCUCCUCUGAGAGGGGGUCCCACACGGCCCUCCACGUCUUCGUAGGGGACCCACGGGAGCCGAGCGGUGAAGACAUGGGCAACUUCUACUCGGCGGGGCGGGACCCGCUCUUCUACUGCCACCACGCCAAUGUUGACCGCAUGUGGACUCUAUGGAAGGACGUCCUCCCCAGCGACGUGGUGCCCGAAAAGACCAUCACCGAUCCCGACUACCUCAACGCCUCUUUCCUCUUCUACGACGAGAACGCGCAGCUCGUGCGCGUCUACGUCCGGGACAGCAUCGACACCCGGAAGAUGGGGUACGAUCUGCAGAGGAUCGACCUGCCCUGGCUCGACUACCGGCCCCCGAUCCAGACCGCCCUCGCCAGGAUCAAGAAGACCUCCAGCUCGGCCCCCAAGGCCGCCACGCUCUUCCCACUCAAGCUCAACAAAGUGGUGAGGUUCGAGGUGCAGAAGACCAAGAAGGGCAAGGCCGACGAGCUGCUCGUGCUUGAGGACAUUACUGUUGACACCACCAAGUUCCUCAAGUUCGACGUCUUCGUCAACGAUGAGGACGACAACCCGCUCGAGCUCGACAAGGCGGCCUACGCGGGGACUUAUGCGCAGGUGCCGCACAAGGCUCCCAAGAAAACGUCGACCACGUCCAUCAGGUUGAAGCUCACGGACUUGUAUGAAGACAUGGACAUCGCUGAUGACGAUACCAUUGUUGUCACCAUUGUGCCGAGGCACGAGGGACCUGGAGUCACCAUUGGCGGCAUCAAGAUCAUUGAGAAUCCAGCUAAAGCUUGAUUCCGCUGCACUUGUCGACAUUCCUUAGCCAGAUUCCCGCUCUUUGCUUUGCCUUUAGAUUGAUUUGGUGUUGCUGAAUAACAUACUCGAUCUGCGUCGGAAUCGGGUUCGUGCAUGUUCUUGCGAUUUCAUCUUUUCUCUUGUAAUUGUGACUCUCAUGUGUGCUUGAUUUGGCAAUAAGAAUUUGGCUGCUUAGUUAUGUUUGCAA